ACAGGAAAUAUUGCAUCGUAAUGAGGCUAGCUAGCUAUAAACUUUAAAAUAAAAGAAUUUCUUUUCUAUUAGAUUACCUGACCUGAUAGUUUGCAAAUAUGACACCAAAAACGGCGCCACAUUCCCCUCGAAAAUCAAGUACUCCACCGCCAGUUUUUAAUUCUGCUUUGAAGCAUACCGUUAAAAGGACACGUUUAAAAAUCGGUUCAGGUCGUGUAUCGUUUGAUCCGACAUUGACUAACUUGCCAAAAUUUGAAAGCAGUUGGACAAAACGCAGUUAUGCAACAAAUUAUGACGUCAUCAAAACGUCAUUCGAUCUAGCCUCUGAUGGGACGACUGAUACACAGAAAAGACCGACACCGAUCGGAGCUUCACCAGCAAUGCUAAAUUUAACGUUUCCCGGAGAACACAAAGUGUCCCCGAAACCUUCAACCCUAAGUGGCCGAUCUAGGCAUUUAGUGCGUUCUGCCGCACACUGGAGUCGCCGAAUUCGGAUAUCUUCUGCAAUUGAUAAAGUAUACGAAACAAAACAGGACUUGGCGCAUUCGUCACCUCCAUUAAAACCAAAAGGAAGCAAACAUGUCCAUUUUUCCCCGGAGGUUAUUGUAAUUUAUGAUAAUAGGAAUUCCAGAGAUCCAGGCGGGUUUGCAAAGACUCAUCAUUUUCCACAAUCGGACAAUAUUCUACCACCAACAAAAGGAUAUCACCAUAAUUAUGGAAUCAGCGCUAAGCAAAAACAGCAUGGCGUUGGACUUCACCACACUGAUGGUUUCACGCAUCUGCCUCAACUCGCCGACCCACACCAUUCGCAUGUACAUACACAGCAACCAACUGGAAGUGGGACUCUUCCACACAAGUCCAACACAAUGUCAUUUCGAAGCAUCAACGCCGGAGGUGGUACAGGUGGACAUCAAUAUGGGACGCAUCAUCAGUACGGAGCCCCGAACAAAAAUCAGUCGUCCAAUGGAUAUUUAGAUUCAAAUGCAAGGAAUAAUGCUUUUGUAGGUCAUUACAAUAUUUUCAACAAAAUGGGAAGGCAAAAGAACAGAAAUGUUGGAGGAGGGGAUCUUGCAUCAUCAAGGGAAAAUAAAGUAGGAAGAAGUUUUGAAGGAUAUAAACUUCCUUUAUCUCCAGAAGGUUGUAUGAAAGGAUUUGGAUCUCGCCUGACAACAUAUGAACAAAAUGAAAUUCUAGAUUACCAAGAUAUUUGGUUUUUGGGGCUGGAAGGAAAGAAAAUCCACGGGGUUCAGGGUGCAUCACAAAAUGGUGGUUAUGACGAUGAAAAUGGAUCAUAUGUAAAGGUUCUUCAUGACCAUCUUAUGUAUCGAUAUGAAGUAUUGGAGGUUAUUGGAAAAGGUUCAUUUGGACAAGUGGUCAAAGCGUUGGAUCAUAAAACAAAUUCGUUAGUUGCAGUUAAAAUCAUACGAAACAAGAAAAGGUUUCAUCAUCAGGCGAUGGUGGAAGUAAAAAUUCUUGAUGCAUUGCGCAAAAAAGAUAAAGACGGUUCACUGAACGUGAUUCAUAUGUUGGAAUAUUUCAACUUCCGAAAUCAUCUUUGCAUAACAUUUGAACUUUUAGGAAUGAAUUUGUAUGAAUUAAUCAAGAAAAACAAUUUUCAAGGAUUUAGUCUGCCAUUAAUAAGACGUAUUGCACAUGCUUUACUGAAAUGCCUCGUUGUUUUACACAAAGAAAGAAUCAUUCACUGUGAUAUGAAACCGGAAAACAUACUGAUCCGACAAAAAGGUCAAAGUUCAAUAAAGGUCAUCGAUUUUGGGUCAAGCUGUUAUGAACAUCAAAGAGUGUACACCUAUAUCCAGAGUCGCUUUUAUCGUUCGCCAGAAGUGAUUCUUGGGCACCAAUAUAGUAUGGCAAUAGAUAUGUGGAGUUUUGGCUGUAUUUUAUCAGAGUUAUAUACGGGUUAUCCACUGUUUCCUGGCGAAAAUGAAGUAGAGCAAUUAGCUUGUAUCAUGGAGGUAAAUGGUCUCCCGCCAAAUGAAUUUAUCGAAACUGCGCACAGGAGGAGAUUAUUUUUCGAUUCGAAAGGAAAUCCGCGUUGUAUAACAAACAGUAAAGGGAGAAAGCGCAAGCCAAAUACUAAGGAUCUCAGCACUGCCGUUAGAUGCAAUGACCCAGUCUUCCUUGAUUUUCUAAGGCGAUGCUUAGAAUGGGACCCUGCCAUGCGCAUGACACCUGAUGAAGCCAUGAAUCACGAGUGGAUAGUCGAAGGUCGUUUCCAUAAAACUCGUGGGCAAACAAAAGUGGCAACUAGACAGGAAGUCACUUUGGUAAACCAACAGUCCGUCAAUGUGAACGCUAGUAACAAUAUGACUUCGUCAGAUGAUCAAGCGAAUGAUGGCCCGUUUUCAAAAAAGAUCCACAUGAAGUCCAGGCCAGAAAAAAUUGCACUCCCGAACGAUGACUCUACGAGUACAGCUAAUGCAGUCAAGCAGAACAAGCCUACACAGGAUAGCAAAUCAAAACCACAGCCCAAAAAUUCUGACGACGGCAAUUUAACGGAAAAUAAUAAAUUAGCAAAUGGCAAGCCAGAUGGAGAGGAAGAAGUUAAAACUCUUUCUUAUGCGGUACAACCUGAGGCUCCUUCUGAAACUGGUGACGUCACUUCUGGUGUUAGCACCGAUGAUCAAGCGCCCGGAACGACUGAAAGACUACAACCGAUUGGAGCGUCUGAUGCCAGCAUGGUGAUUGAGGAUCAGGACUUAAUUGACAAAAAGCUUCAAAACAUGAAAGCCCUACAAGCUGAAAAAACACCUCGAACGAAAAAACGAGGUCCAGAGAAAAGUGCAGCAAAAUCGGCAAAAAACACAUUUCCGCCUCCCACCACAAUCGUGCAACCAACAACUAAAGAUUCAACGACCAAACUGCCACCUAUUUCGUAAUAGGAAAUUCACCACACAAACUAAGACAUUAAAACCUAAGGCCAUACUAUUUGUAACUUACAUAACAAGAGUUAGGCUAUGUCGAAUUACGAAACAUUCCACGACUGGUUAGCCCAGCCUUAUUCACCCAUUUACCAAGAAGUAGAACUUUACAGAAACAAUUGCAGAGUAUUGUAGAUUUCUCGGUCAAGUUGUUGAUGCAUCACCAACAAUAUUUUAACAAGAUAGAGUUUUUAAUUUAUCUUUUUACGACAAAAAAAAUCCGUUUUUUCAUCUUAAUAAUAGGCGUGUCCUGCAUUGGCGUUGUUUGACUCGAGUUAUUAAUUUCAACAGUCGUUCGUUCCAUGAAACAAUGCACUUAUUGUUACGGUAGAUUUUCCUAUCCUAUAUAAUUCUUUCCUGUUGUGCCUCUUUAUUCAGUUUUCAAUAAUAGA